CAAGUCAACAACAUUUCUGAGAUAGACAGGUUCCCCACAGGCACCCUGAUCAGUUCCGGUAAAUUGUUCAUGUUUUGAAAAAUUCUAUCAGCACAACACCUUCUACACCUUGAAAGCCGGCGACACAUAUUUUACAGUUGCCAACAACACUUACCAGGGUCUCACCACUUGCAAAGCCCUGAUGAAUCAGAAUCUGUUGGUGGGAUCACAACUGUUGGCCCCAUUAAGAUGUGCUUGCAGUACUAGGAACCAGACUGGUAGUGGUGUGCGAUUCUUGCUGACUUACCUGGUUACAUGGGGUGAUUCUGUAUCUUCAAUUGGUGAGAUAUUUGGUGUCGAUGAACAGAGCAUAAACAAUGUGAACGAUUUGUCCUUUGAUAGUGUUAUAUAUCCAUUUACACCCAUUUUAGUUCCGCUUAAAACCAAGCCUACAAUGAGAAAAAAUGAAAUUCCUCCACCACCACCAGUGUCUCCAACUCCAUCAUUUGUUCCUGCUGGAGGAACACCAAUGGCAAAGGAUGGUUGCAAGGAGAAAUGUGGGAACAUCAGCAUUCCAUACCCAUUUGGCAUUGGGAACGAAUGCUACUUCAACAAAUGGUUUGAGAUCCUUUGCAAUGACUCCAAUUCUAAUCCUUCGGUGCCCUUCCUGCAAAACCUAGAUGUAGAAGUUCUAGAAUUCUUGCCGGAUUAUACUGUGUAUGUGGUCUAUACUUCGGUUGCUUCAACCUGUCACCAGAGAAGUAACACAGAGUUAUCAGAAGCCAUAGAUUUCCCCUUCACCUUCUCUGUUACCCACAACAAUUUCACUGCCAUUGGAUGUGAUAUUUCUGUCGCCUUCACUCGUGUCAAUGGUGGAAAAGUUGCAAACGGGGUGUAUGUCAGUUGGUACCAACAAUACCAUGCCUACCAUAAGCUCUAUCAUUUCUUCUUGUUCAGGUAAUGGUUGCUGCAAAACACCCAUUCCAAGCAAUGUUCAGUUGUUUACUGUGAAGGUCUAUAACUUGUUUGUCUGGGGCAUCCAAUUCCUGCGGCGUAGCCUUUCUAACGGAUAGAAAUUUUUCAGAGUACAAGCAGUUUGAUCUCUCCAGUAUUAAGAAUGAACUCAAUUCUACUAACUACCGUAUUCCGGUAGUGCUGGAUUGAGUGAUAGUGAACAGCAUAUGCGAAGAAGCUCGCAAAGUAAGUAGCGUGCAAGGUUAUGCUUGUGGCAAGAAUAAUCACUGCAUUGACUCUGAUAAUGGCCCCGGAUACCGCUGUAGUUGCUCGGAAGGCGUUCAAGGGAAUCCAUAAUUGCCUUCUGGAUGCAGAGGAGAAGGAAGUAAAGCAAGAACUCCUAUGGUUGUGAUAGUCUCUCUAGGUAUUGGAAUAGCAAUGGCUUUGAUAAUUCUAGCCUCUGUCAGUCUCUGGUUGUAUCCUAAUAUGUCAAAAGACAACAAAUCAAACUAAAGCAGAAGUUUUUCAAGAAAAAUGGUGG